AUGAAUCUCUGGCUCCUCUUGUUGAGUAACGCUCUGGUCGUCGUUUGCCAAACCGAUCCGUUUGUACUCUCUGGUGACGGCAACACUGAGACUGAGGCCACGCCCCUCCCUGAAGAACUGGACGAGGACCAUGUGGAGGACUUCGAUUUCUCAGACCCCACCGAUGGUCCACAAACCACUGCAUAUCGACAAACAACAAAAUAUCCACCAACAAAAACUUACGAUGCGCACACAGAGACUGCGACACGCGGUCCAAAUGGAGGAGACGACGACGACGACGAUGACGACGACGACAUGGAACACGAAACAACAACAAAAUAUCCACCAACAAAAACUUACGAUGCGCACACAGAGACUGCGACACGCGGUCCAAAUGGAGGAGACGACGACGACGACGAUGACGACGACGACAUGGAACACGAAACAACAACAAAAUAUCCACCAACAAAAACUUACGUCACGGAGACAGAGACCCCAACACCCGCCUACACUUCACCUGAAGAUGAUGACGAAGAAGAAACACCUCCGACUACCGGACCCUACAUUGAAACACCAUCGACCACUCCAGAGAUAUCCAUCAAACCCAAAUACUGCUGGACCCCGUGGUUCGACAGAGACGAUCCUUCUGGUAAAGGAGACUAUGAGACUAUUUACCAUCUGCGAAAGGAAAACCCUGGAAAGAUCUGCGACAAACCUCAUGGCAUGCAGGUCCAGACCAUCUCAGGACUGCCAGCCUCCUCCACCGGGAACAGCUUUUACAAGAACGACCUAACCACAGGAUUCAUCUGUAGAAACAGAGACCAGAAGAACGGUCGCUGUCUGGACUAUAAGGUCCGCUUCUGGUGUCCCUGCGUACCAGAGUGCUGGACUCAGUGGUUCGAUGUAGACGAUCCCACCGGAACUGGAGACUGGGAAACUCUCACCUUCUUACGCCUUCAUUAUCCUGGAAAAAUCUGUAAACGUCCGCUGGAGAUCGAGGCCCAGACCACGGCAGGAGUUCCAGCUGCUGCUACGGGACAGAACUUCUACAGAAUCGACACAGAUGUAGGAUUAAUCUGCAGAAACCAUGAGCAGAAGAUUCAUCGGCAGUGCUUCGACUACCGCGUUCGCUUCAGGUGUCCCUACGAGUUCUGCUAUCCUCAACCCUGCUGGACUCGCUGGUUCGACAGAGAUGACCCCUCUGGCUCUGGGGACUGGGAGACUCUGUUCGCUCUUCGUGCUGAGUUCCCAGGACAGAUCUGCAACUCCCCUCUGGAGAUCCAAGUGCUGACGACUAGCGGGAACAGUGUGGCAUCCACCGGGAACGUGAUCACGGCGAGUAACACAGCUGUUGGCUUUAUCUGUGAGAACAAGAAUCAGAAAAAGUGGAAGAAGUGUGCGGAUUUCAAAGUGCGCUUCAGGUGCCCAGAUGCGUUCUGCAGCGAUGACAUUUGCUGGACCAGCUGGUACGAUCGGGACGACCCAUCGGGCACCGGGGACUGGGAGCUUCUGACAGACCUGAGGAAAGAAAACCCCAACCAGAUCUGUGACACCCCUCUGUACAUCGACGUGAGGACGGUGGACUCCAACCAACCCAUCACCCAGACGGGACAGCAGCACCACAUCUACAGCCCGACUGAAGGGUUCGCGUGUCGAAAUGAUGCCCAGAAAGGAUGCAGGUGCCAGGACUACAAAGUGCGCUUCGGCUGCCCCUGUAACUGCACGGUGCACCUGGAGGAUCCCCUGCAGAUCUACGGUCCAUAA